CUCUUCUUCAAUUUCUUUCUCACUCACAAGAUUGACACAUUCACUCAUACUCUUCUUCCCUCCUCCCCUUUCCUUGUUACCUAAAUAAUAACAAUUAAUCAGAAAAAGUAAGGACAACCCUCCUAACCCUUUCCAAUUUUGAUCGAAAUCGCUUCAUUUGAAACGAAAAUUUACACAUUUCGUGACCUAAGUUUCUCAAAUUUAUUGGAAUUCGAUUUUCUCGGAGUUUAUUGUUUCAGCUUUGAACUUUCAGGAAAACUGCAGUUUUUUUCUUUUCCUUUUUCCCAUCAGUGUUUUCUAUGCUACUCAUUUAUUUGGGGACAAUGUCCAUUAUGUUCGAAUAAGAAAUUUUAAAUUUCGUUGUGCAAAUUGAAGAAUUUUCUCCAGAUUAUUACUCAUUGUAAAAUUUUGAUUUAAGAUGAUCAAUUUUUCGCUUGGUUCAAAUUGAGGUUUCUAUAUAUUAUAUAUUAUAUAUAAUGUUGAUAUAAAUUUAUAUAUUUAUAAGUAUAUUUAAAUAUUGAGGUCGGGAGAAAGAUGAUUUUGGUUUGGUAAAGUUGGGGAUGAUGGACCAUGGAGAACAGUGGAGAAGCAGUGGAUGAUCAGGGCUCUGGAUGGUUCGAAGUGAAAAAGAAACAUAGAAAUAGCUCGAAGUUCUCUUUACAGGGUUGGGUUGGAGGGUUUUCGGAGAAAAAUGCUUCUCACCCUUCAGGCAGUCAGCCUUCAUUGAAUGGAAACAAUGUAAAUUCCCGUGACAAGAGCAGAUAUCAUCAUCCCAAAGCAGGGGGAAAUUUUGCUUUACAUAGUCGGAGUACUACAGAUUCCGUUGCUGUGUUAAAUAAAGACAAACAAAAUGCGGGGCAUGUUAAGGACACUGUUGUUAAGCAAAACACUGAAUGUCCCAAGUCAUACCCUCACAAUGUUGCAAAUUCUACUGGAGUUAAAUAUAUCGAGAAACUGCCUCAAACAGAUAAACCUGAUUUGGUUGAUGACACUAACAGUUUUCGCCCAGACAAUAGUGGAAAGCUGCAUACUGAAAAUGCUUUUGGUGUUGGAAUCAAGUUUGGUGCUAUAGAAGAAGACAAUUUAAUGCUUUGUAUGGAUCAUGAAAGUGAUCAUAAUUUGGUCUCUUGUAUAAAUUCUCAAGAAAACAAAUUGGCAUCUGCACCUGCACCUGAAGAUGCCGUUGUUGACCAAAUACUUCCUGUAGCUCCUAAAGACGAACACCUUGAAGAUGAUAUUAAUAACUUAAAUGAAGUAUCUGCUGAAAAUGUUGAAGGAUUUACCAUCAAUGAAAAUAUAGAUGGUCUAGAAACUGGUGUUUCAGAUUGCAAGGAUAUGGAUGUUACGCUUGUCAAUGAAGCUGCUAGUAGUUCCACUGGUGUAGAGAUGAAAGUUCAGGAUCCUAUAGUUACAGCUGAGGUAGAGGUGAAACUUAUGGAUCCUAUUCCUAAAGAUACAGCUGAGGUUAGUGAUGGAGAAAAUACCGAGACUUUUAAGACAGACGGUGAUUUAAUUAAUGCAGUUAUGGUUGAGGGCCAUCCUGAGUUAGUCACCCCUGGCAACGAUGGAGCUGAACUUUCUGAAAAACAACUAUCCUCUACAGCAUCUAUUGAAGACGCUGGAGUUGUUUGUGGUGCUACUGUACAUGAAAACACGUCAAACUCUCAUAACAUGAAUAUCCUUGGAGAAUGUGACACAGUUGAAAGCAAGGAAAGGUUUAGGCAGCGGCUUUGGUGCUUUUUGUUUGAGAAUCUUAACAGGGCUGUAGAUGAACUUUAUCUCCUCUGUGAAUUAGAAUGUGAUGUGGAGCAGAUGAAAGAAGCUGUUCUUGUUCUUGAAGAGGCUGCAUCUGAUUUUAAAGAUCUAACCACUAGAGUGGAAGAGUUUGAAAAAAUGAAGAGGUCGUCUUCUCAGUUCAAUAAUGGAGUGCCACUCAAUUUAAAAAGUGACCAUCGUAGACCACAUGCUUUGUCGUGGGAGGUAAGAAGAAUGACGACUUCAGCACAAAAAGCAGAGAUACUUUCUUCAUCUCUUGAAGCUUUUAAGAAAAUUCAGCGAGAAAGAGCUACCUUACGUCAAGGUAGUGAUGUAAAAUCGUCCUUGCAUCUCCAAUCUGAUGACAAACUUAACAAGUUGUCUACAUCAAGUGAUAGAAUUUCCAAUACGAAGAAUUUGAUAGGGGACCUGAGUACAGUACAACAGCAUACUAAGUUAGUCUUUUCCAACAAAUCAAACUCUGUACUGAAUGGGCGUCUGUCUUCUCAGGUUUCUUCUUCUAACAUCAUUACAUCAAAAUUGCCACCUAGGGAUGGUUCUGGUGCUUCUGGAAAGAGUAAAAGAGAACAAUCUGCUGGAUUUGAAGCAGAGAAACUGCUUCCUAGGAAAACUAAGAUGUUAGCAGAAGGGGUAUCUGAGAAAAAUUCUAAAUUGACAGAUAAUUACAAGCGACAUGUGUCUCUAUCUGAACAGGACAAGGAAAAAGAAAGGAGAAACUCAGCUCCUUGGAGAUCCAUGGAUGCAUGGAAGGAGAAGAGGAACUGGGAGGACAUACUCUCAUCUCCUUAUCGAGUCUCUUCCCGUGUUUCUCACUCACCAGGAAUGAGCAGGAGAAGUGCUGAGCGCACACGUAUGUUGCAUGAUAAACUAAUGUCUCCUGAAAAGAAAAAGAAAACUGCCAAGGAUCUAAAGAGGGAAGCCGAAGAAAAGCAUGCAAGGGCUUUGAGGAUUAGAAGUGAGCUUGAGAAUGAGAGAGUUCAGAAACUUCAACGAACUUCAGAAAAGUUAAACCGAGUAAGUGAAUGGCAAGCUGUUCGAAGCUUGAAGUUACGUGAAGGAAUGCAUGCUCGACAACAACGCAGUGUAUCUCGGCAUGAAGCUUUUCUAGCUCAAGUUGUGAAGAGAGCUGGUGAUGAGAGCAGCAAAGUUAAUGAAGUUCGGUUUAUUACUUCUUUAAAUGAAGAGAAUAAGAAGCUUAUGUUGAGACAAAAACUACACGAUUCUGAGUUGAGGAGAGCUGAGAAGCUUCAAGUUAUGAAAUCAAAACAGAAAGAGGAUGUGGCAAGAGAAGAGGCUGUUUUAGAACGUAGGAAACUAAUUGAAGCUGAAAAGUUACAGCGUCUUGCUGAGACACAAAGGAGAAAGGAAGAGGCUCAAUUUAGAAGGGAAGAAGAACGUAAGGCAUCAAGUGCAGCAAGAGAGGCACGGGCCUUGGAACAACUUCGUCGGAGGGAAGAAAGAGCCAAGGCUCAACAAGAAGAAGCUGAGCUUCUUGCCCAAAAAUUGGCUGAGAAACUUAGCGAAAGUGAGCAACGUCGAAAGUUCUACCUGGAGCAAAUAAGAGAGAGAGCUUCAAUGGAUUUCAGGGAUCAUUCUCCAUUAUUACGCCGUUCUUUGAAUAAGGAGGGUCAGGGUAAAUCUACAAUUACUAACCCUGGUGAAGAAAAUCAGGCAAGCUGUUUGUCAGGGUUAGUAGGUUCUGCUUUUGCAACAAAUAAUGUCACCUUGCAGCAUUCGAUGAAGCGAAGGAUUAAAAAAAUUAGACAAAGACUUAUGGCUCUAAAGUAUGAAUUUCCUGAACCUCUUGUUGGUGGAGAAAAUACUAGUAUCGGGUAUAGAACAACAGUGGGAACUGCAAGGGUGAAAAUUGGAAGGUGGCUUCAAGAGCUUCAAAGGCUUCGUCAGGCAAGAAAAGAAGGAGCUGCGAGUAUUGGAUUAAUAACAGCUGAGAUAAUUAAGUUUGUAGAGGGAAAGGAUGCUGAGCUACAGGCUUCUCGCCAAGCUGGUCUUCUUGAUUUUGUAGCUUCGGCCUUGCCUGCUUCUCAUACAUCAAAACCUGAAGCCUGGCAAGUGACAAUACAUCUGCUAAAGCUUUUGAAGGUUGUUUUGUUCAUGGCUGCAAACAGGAGCUAUUUUCUUGCUCAGAAUCUCUUACCUCCAAUCAUCCCAAUGCUGUCAGCUGCCCUUGAGAACUAUAUAAAGAUUGCAGCAUCUCUAAAUGUUCCUGGUAAUACUAGUUUGCCUUCAAGCAAAACUUCAGCUGAACAAUUUGAAUCAAUAUCUGAAGUAUUGGAAGGUUUCUUAUGGACUGUGACAACAAUAAUCGGUCACAUAAAUUGCGAAGAACAACAGCUCCAAAUGCGGGAUGGUUUGCUAGAGCUAUUGACUGCCUACCAAGUUAUUCACAGACUACGUGAUCUUUUUGCUCUUUAUGAUCGACCCCAAGUGGAAGGAUCUCCCUUCCCUUCUUCUAUUCUCUUAAGCAUAUAUUUGUUGGUGGUUUUGACAUCCAGACCUGAAACAAAUUCUGUGAUUGAUUGGGAAUAUUUAAAUACUGAGACGUUAUUACUGAAUAGAAGUCAGGAGACCAAAUUUGCAGAAUCUGUGGAUGCUGGAUUUCUUGUAGAUAACUCUGAGUAUCUUAGGACUCCAUUGUCUACACUGAAUGCAAGUAAAGUUGUACAUCUACCAGAUGUACCAGAAGAUAUGACAUUAGAUGAAUCAUAUAGGAUAAAUAAAAAUGUGUUAGAAUCUACUACACGGGAUACUGACAAAGAGCAUACUAUUUCUUCUGCUGAAGAAAAUAAGGCCAUCACUGACAACCCAGAUUCCCCAGAUGAAUCUGAGAAAAUUCAAAUUGAAGACACUAUUAAAUCUUUUCCAGUCCACAGGGAUGAGAGAAACUUGGUUGAUGUUAGAGUAGAACAAAAGCUUGAUAAUGUUCUGAACCUGGAGCAACCUGUGCAGUUUCUUCUUUCUGCCAUCUCAGAAACUGGGCUUGUCAGUCUUCUUUCUGUGUUGACAGCUGCGUUACUGCAGGCAAACAAUAGGUUGUCUUCUGAACAGGCCUCGUGUAUCCUACCCUCAAAUUUUGAGGAGGUGGCAACUGGAGUUCUGAAGGUGUUGAAUAAUUUGGCUCUUUUGGAUCUUAAAUUUUUGCAGAGAAUGCUUGCAAGGCCAGACCUGAAAAUGGAGUUUUUCCAUUUACUGAGUUUCCUCCUAUCCCAUUGCACCAACAAGUGGAAAACAGCUAGUGAUCAGGUUGGUAUGCUUCUUCUUGAAUCUCUGUCACUGCUUGGUCACUUUGCGCUGUUCCACCCAGGAAAUCAAGCUGUUCUUCGAUGGGGAAAGACUCCUACUAUCCUUCAUAAGAUAUGCGAUCUACCCUUCGUAUUCUUCAGUGACCCGGAGCUGAUGCCAAUUAUAGCUAGUACACUGGUUGCUGCUUGUUAUGGGUGUGACCAGAACAAGGGUGUAGUUCAGCAGGAAAUUAGUACAGAAAUGCUUCUCCCCCUCUUAGAAUCUUGCAGGAAAAUGCUGGCUCUCCGGUAUAAUUCAAACUCCGACCAUUGCCCUGCAAAUGAGUCUAGUGAUAGUCAGCCGAGUAUUGAACAUAAGAAGUUCCAGGUUGAUGUUCCGCCAAGGUCUGUCCGUCACAACUCCCGAAACACUAGAAUUUUCGGGAAGCUUAAUGGCUCAGGAAAUAGCACGAGGAAUGGCAAGUUGAGAAAUCAUAGGGACUGUAAAGUAACAAAGAAUUUAGAAGAAGUGGCUCUGAAGCCUAAUAUGUCAGCUUUAGAAACUUCCUCCAUGAUGUUACAUUAUAGAUUACCUCUCAGUUUCAUCAAUCGGGCAGAGCGUUUCUUUUCAUCAGGGGCUGCAAACGAAAUUUAAUGGUCAGCUAUGCAUAAAAUUCCUCUAUUUACUUUUAUUUAUGGAUACAUCUGCUUCAGCAAAGCAGGCAUACUUCGUAAAAAGGCAGUUGAAUGUUGUUAAUUGAAGACUGGGAGCCAGGCAAAGUUUUAGGCGGAGGUUUUAAUUUUUUUUUGCUGAAACUGAAGCAAUCAUGACACUGACAAUACUAUGUUCUUGGUAUAGAGAUGGACACUAAAGACUGGUUGGUUUCUCAAGGUGAGUGAUAUUAAGAGUUAUCAGUUGUAGACAGUUGAGUUAAGAAUCCAAUUAUGCGGCACCUUUGUAUUGCUUCACUUUUUGCUAUUCCAUCCCAUGUAUAAUUACCAAGUCCACGCCUGACGAUUUGUACUAAAUUGACAAUUCUGCUAGUAAUAAAUAACACUUGCUCAUAUUUUUCCUUUUGAAA